UUCUCAGUGUUUUUGAGGAAGUCACUUAGGCUAAUGGAUUUGCCAGUUGUUUGGUGGCCCAUUUAAAGGAAGAUCUGCCGCAGGGAUAAGGCCUGUCCAUCCAAAAGGGUUUCGCUUUCGAGCAGUCAACGAUGAGCGGCCGUCUGGGUCGGGUCCUGCAGUUCCACCUGCGGCUCUACCAGGUGCUCGGCUUCCAUGGGCUGCCGCUGCCGGGCGAUGGGAAUCCGGCCAGGACCAGGAGGCGCCUGAUGGCAUGGAGCCUGUUCCUGCUCAUUUCGCUGAGUGCCCUCGUACUGACGUGCCUCUUCAGCGGCGAUGAGUUCCUCUAUCGCGGCGACAUGUUCGGCUGUGCCAAUGACGCCCUAAAAUACGUAUUCGCCGAGUUGGCCGUGCUGGCCAUAUAUCUGGAGACGCUGAGCAGCCAGCGGCAUUUGGCCAACUUCUGGUGGCUGCACUUCAAGUUGAGCGGCCAAAAAGUGGGCUUGGUGAGCCUGCGUAGUGAGUUCCUGCAGUUUCGUCGCUAUCUGAUAUUCCUGUACGCCAUGAUGGGCGCCGAAGUGGCGAUCCAUUUGGGAUUGUGGCAGUACCAGGCGCUCACACAUCACAUGUUGCUCUUUUGGAGCACCUAUGAGCCGCUCGUGUGGCUGACGUACCUGCGCAAUCUGCAGUUCGUGCUGCACUUGGAGCUGCUCAGAGAGCAGCUGACCGGCUUGGAACGCGAAAUGGGUCUGCUGGCGGAGUACUCGCGAUUCGCCAGCGAAACGGGCCGGAGUUUUCCUGGAUUCGAGAGUUUCCUGCGCCGGCGACUGGUGCAGAAGCAGCGCAUCUAUAGCCAUGUGUAUGACAUGCUCAAAUGUUUCCAGGGUGCCUUCAACUUCUCCAUCCUCGCCGUCCUGCUGACCAUCAACAUCCGCAUCGCCGUGGACUGCUACUUCAUGUACUACAGCAUCUACAACAAUGUGAUUAACAACGAUUACUACCUAAUCGUGCCCGCCUUGCUCGAGAUUCCCGCCUUCAUAUACGCUUCGCAGAGCUGCAUGGUCGUGGUGCCCAGGAUCGCCCAUCAGCUGCAUAAUAUAGUCACCGAUUCUGGCUGCUGCAGCUGUCCCGAUCUCUCCCUGCAGAUUCAGAACUUUUCGCUGCAACUCCUGCAUCAGCCGGUACGAAUCGAUUGCCUCGGCCUGACCAUCCUGGAUUGCAGUCUUCUAACUCGGAUGGCCUGUUCCGUGGGCACAUAUAUGAUCUACACUAUCCAGUUUAUACCGAAGUUCAGCAAUACCUAUAUGUAGGACAUCGUUUAAACGAUUAGGUCAACAUAAUG